UAGGAGCAGCUGAAGAGUGGGACAGCAGUGUGCACCCUGCUCCCAAACAUCCUGCAGCACGGCACCCCGCCAUGGCUCUGCGCAUCCUCCUGCCGCUGCUCCUGCUGGCUGCUGCCCUCCUGCUCCUCCCAGCUGAAGGUGUUGACAAUGUGGCCUCAGACUGCUGCCUGAAGACCAGCAAGAAGACCAUCCCCAGCGCCUGGGUGAAGUCCUACAGGAUCCAGGGCCCUGAGUCGGGAUGCCUGCUGCGCGCUGUUGUGUUCACCACUAAGAAGGAGAAGAAAAUUUGCUCCUCUCUCACCAACCCCGCUGUCCAGAAGCUGAUCCGGAGCCUGGAGGACAGGCAGAAGAACCCCCCCCCGAAGCACCAGGGCAGAUCCAAGCGGCAGAAGCGGAAGCAGGUCUAAGCCAGGCCUGGAGAGGACGGACGCCUUCCCCAUCAACGACUGAUCGCCUGGCAAUGGACAUCCGCAGCACACCUGCCCGCUGGCCCCAGGGGGGUGAGGAGGGGGUGGCUGGGGGGGCUUUGCCCUUCCCCACGGCCCCCUCCCCACCGCGGGUACCCCCACACCGGCUGGAUGCUGCCGGUGGUGGGGGACACCAGCUCCUCGCUUGCCCACGGCCACCCCAGCCGAGUGUGGCCCAUGGAGGUGGGCAGCUUUGCCACGGUUGUGGGGCUUUCUGCAGGGCGCCCAGUGGGAUGGCAGCUUUGUUUUGGGGUUUUAUACAUUUGUAUUUAUAUUAGAGACUCUGCUUUCAUUCGGUCUCACCCAGAGGGCCCUACUUCUGGCUCCUCGUGCUUCACAGAGCACCCUUUAUGCUGCAGGCUGGCUCGUCUGGAAGAUUGCUUUUAUUUUUCUUACCGAAUGGCUACAAUGGCUACGGUUCACUCCCCUCUGGCCCGUUUGCUCCUUUUUAGCUUGCAGGGCUGUGGGGCGCCAGGCGGGUCCCGCGUCCCGCUGCUCGUGGGCUGCUGGCUGGGUGCUGCCUCCCACGGCUACUUGUGGGACUGAGCAGCAGAGGGGGGCUGCACAGUGCCACUGUGCUGCUUUUACAGCUGUUGCAGUGUAGUUUAUAGAAAGACAGGCUUUUUCAAAACAUGUUUCGAUUUUUUUUUUUUUAUAAAAUUGCAAUGAAAUCAGAGCAAGCUUUUCAUUUCAGUGCAAUUUUACCACUUUAUCUGCACUUGGUUUUGCUGUGUUCAGAGAUUCAGACAUUUGUAAGCCAAGCGCUUUGCUUUCAGGAAGAAACUCUCUUACAGUUUAUUCUCCCAGAUGAAAAGCUUGCAUGGUGAAAAUUGUGCGCAGGUGGGGGAAUAGAAGAAUUUGCAAGAUUCAUUACAGACACGCUGCAGUUGCUUGAGAGCAGCUCUAUCUCAAAUCCUUAGUAAAAUGAGAAAUCACUGCCCUGUGUGUGCUGACAGGUGAGGCUGCAAGGGGGAGCAUGGAAAGGUCCCAGGGAAACGGCACCUCCCCAUGCUUGCAGACCCCUCCGGUGUGCCGAGGAGCAAUGGAAGGGCUCUGCCACAGCUGCAGUGUUAUUUGCUUGCAGAUAUUUCAGACAUGGACUUUGGUCAGUAAAGCUGUAUUAAGUUGUAUAAUUGCAAUAAUUGGAUUUGUGGGGCUUAGCAAUAUCAGCAAAUGCAGCGUUCUGGCUGGGGAUAGCUCAUGGCUUAGUGCUUCUAUUGAGCACGAUUAUCUGGCUUGAUUGCUUUAUCGGGCAGGCAUUGAGGUGUAUUCUUUUUAAGACUGUGUAAAGAAACUGUGAAGAGCUCGACACUGGCCCCGGGCACCAAGCUGUCUCCGUGUCGCGACAGUGCGUGGCUGUCCGGGCUUCAGGCAGGAUAUAAGGCAAUAAAAUAUAUCCUUUAAACCCAAACCCAGUCCUUCUG